AACCGCAAAAUGGCCAAAUAUAGCAAUUCAACAACCUAGUUGUUAAAUACGAUAAAUUAUUAUUAUGACAUUUUAACAAAUACGGUUAUUCUAUAGUUGGCAUUCAACAGCAUACAGGCGCCAAACACAGUUAACUGAGCAUCGUUAUGGAUUCGAACGAAGAAUUCGUUGUUGUUAACGAAGAAAAUGAUAGUCGCCGUGAUGCUGUAGCCCGCCUCGAUGUUCUGGUUGAUUUAUUUAAGCAGACAAUACGCACUCUGAACCAAUCGAGUAUCCUGCUGAAGGAUGAAUUACAAACUGCCAUCACUGUAACCCUACAAAGUAGUACACCAGAUCAUUCGUCAACUGUUGAACACCUAGUAAAGCAGCUGGAUGACAUUUCGGUUAGCCCUGAUGAAGUGCGGAAGGCCUAUGUUAGACAGCUGUGUUCACGACUAGUCGCUGUCAAUGAAGAGAAACAAGUUGUUAUGACAGAGCUAGUAGAGUUAAAUAAUCAGCUUCGUAAAGCAGAAGCAGAGAAUCGCAAAUGGAAAAAACUUAUUGAGCCAAUUUUAAAAAUUGAAACUGAAAUCAAAAAGUUAGACUCGAAGCUGUAUCCUAAGGAAGAGUCUGUUUUGGACGAAAGUGGAUCACUUCUUAGCGAUGACACUACCGUCGAUGAUGUGUGCAACUUCCUUAAUUCUAUGCAUAACAGAAUUCAGACCUUGAACACUGAGGCAGCUGCGGUAAAAGAAACCGAUAAAAGCACUUCGGAGACAUACACUCAAGUUUCCUUGGCGAACAACCUCCAAAAUUCCCCUGAUAAACACUGUGUGAACAAUGUGAACUCUAAUGGUAUUCAGGUGGAUAGUCACACAUUAAAGUUUGGUACUUGUUUACCAGAUGAGAUCCCGUUACCAUCUAUGGCUUCACUAAUGAGAAAUAUUGAUUUGAAGGAACUUGUUCGUGAAGAGGUCUCACGUAUCUUAAGUGAAAGGAAUCAAGAUACUUCAACAACUUCAGUGGCGUCAGUGCCAGUUGAUAAUCUUUUGGCUCCAGUAGCUAAAACAGCACCUACUCAACCCGAAACUUCUGCAACACAUAAUAUUCCAAGUGCACCAAGUAUUUUAAAUCUUUGGUCAAAUCUUUCCUUUAAUGGUGUCUCAAGUAAACAUGUACCCCCUCCAUUGACAGCUGGGGAAGAAGUAGCAGAAAUCACCAACAUCAACGAAUUUAAUUCAACUCCAUCUGCUCCUGACAACAGUUCAGAGCAAUUGGCGGAGAAUCAAGUCAAUCGUUCCAAUUAUGGGUCGUGGUUAACCGAACUGGGUCUCAAUCCUUGUGAGGAGUCGUUCAAAAAACCUGUCGAAAGGCCAUCUGUUCCAAGUUUUUCGGUUGAUGAGGAACAACCUUGGUGUCCUGGAUGCCAUCAAAUGUUUGCAUCACGAGCUGAUCUAGAAGAACACCUCAUCGAUUGUUUAUUGUGAAUUGGUUGGUCCUCUUACUUCGUAUUAUAAUGGUUCUGUUUGCUGAUACGUACUCCAGUAUUUGUUUGUUCGUAUGCUUUUUAGUAUUUCCUUUGUCAUUCCAUGCAAUGAUAACUAUAUCGACUGGAGAUCGUAACCCAUCUACCAUUCUCAAGAUUCAAUCAGAUUAUAUUUUGAUCUCUGUGUCUAAGAUGUUCACCCAUUAUCAUAACUAUUCUCACGUAAUCAUAAACUAACAAUUAUUAUUAUUAUCAUCAUCAACAUCAUAAACAUUUACCGUAUCCACCGCUGUUUUUAUUUCGUUCAUUAAUUGUUAUUACUUCGUAAUACUUGACAAUUUAAUAUAUAGAGUGGACAUUUAUUUAAUCAUACUCGUUAUUUAAACAAUACAGAUCAUUUGCUACAAAUUCUUAAUCUUUAUUAAUAUGGUAAUUUUUGUUUUAUAUAAGUAGACAUAAAAUGAAUAUGAUUCUAUCGUAACUGAAUAAUUAUAACUUCGAAUUUCCAAGUAACAGUUUGAUAACAUGUUUAAUAGUGACCAGAAGCAUUCAUGAACCCAGAAGAAUAAGUUCGAUGUUGCACAAGCUUCAAGUCUCUAAAGUUGCUGCAUAUUCAGCAUUAGAAUUAUUAAUGUAAUGAACGACCAGACGCUGAAUUUCAUUAGUCAUUUAGGAAAUUUACUUAAUCGCCCAUAUUCCGAAGUGUUCUGAUCAUAAGAUUUAAAAAGUAACUAAAAUAACACUCACAAUUAACCCAAUUUCUAAUUUCUUCCAAAAGUAUGUAAUUCUGAUAUUUAGUCAUAAAAUUUUCCCACAAAUAGUUGUCUAACUGUGAUACAGAUUAUUAAUGUCCCCACCCAUUUCCAGCCGUUUCUCACAAAUCUUGGAGAUAUUUAAACACAAUAAUUACGUCAAAUAAUCUUGGUCAUUUCAAAACAUUAUAAGGGCUAUCGAGUUUCCCAUUUCAGUGUCGUUAAGUAAAACAUUAUACAAUUCAUAGAAAUUCAACAUGAUCGAGGCUAUUAAACAACAUUCUUAGUUCGUACACAGUAAUGCGUUAACUCUCUAAAUACAUGUAAAUCCUAAUAUGUAGAUAAAUGAUAACACGACACAACUGUAUGACACAAGGAAGAAAAUUGCACGGAAAUAUUGUAAACUAUAGCGACUAGCCAAGGACAAGGAAGUCAAGCCAAUCACUGAGAUUUAAGAACAAAGGAACAGGUGGGUGGAAUACUUUGAGGAACUCUCGAAUAGACCAUCACCACUAAACCCACCGUACAUCGAAGCAGCACACACAGACCCUUCCAUAGCUGUCACUUCACUAACGAUCGAGGUAAUCAGCAUCACCAAAUAAAUCAAGAGUGGAAAGGCAGCAGGACCUGAAGAUAUAUCACAUGAAGCACUGAAGUCAGACACAGAACCGCAAACAUGUUCCACGUUCUAAUCAGGAAAAUUUGGGAGGAGGAACAAGUGCCGACACACUGGAAACAAGGAUAUCUCAUCAAGAUACUAAAGAAAGAUCUUAGCAAAUGUGAGAACUACAAAGGCGUCACAUUACUAUCAGUACUAGGAAACGUUUUCAAUAGAGUGUUGUUGAACCGUAUGAAAGAUUCCGUAGGACUGAUGGUGUGCCGACUAAAUCGUCACACUACAGAUAAUCGUUGAACAAUCGAUUGAAUGGAAUUCGCCACUAUAAAUCAACUUCAUUGACUAUGAGAAAUCGUUUGACAGUGUGGAUAAGAGAACCUUAUGGAAUCACGUUUGAAACUAUGGAAUGAGUAGCUGGGAAGAUCGUCAACAUCAUCCGAAAUUCAUACGAUGGACUACACUGCAAAGUUGUGUAUGGAGGACAGUUGUAUUCCAAGUGAGAAUCGGAGUCAGACAAUGUUGCUAACUCUCUUCCUUUCUAUUCUGGUGCUUGACUGGAUUAUGAAGAGACCUCCACAUUUCAAAUGAAGCAUGGAACACAAUGGACAGCUUAGAUGCAACUAGACGAUUGUGACUUCACAGAUAACCUAGCCCUUCUAUCCCAUACACGCCAAGAAAUGCAGGUGUAGACAGAUAGUGUAGUGGCAGCCUCUACAGUAGUAAACCUCAACAUACACAAGUGAAACAGCAAGAUCCUCAAAUGCAACAAGGAGAACACAACCAAAUCAUACUAGAGGGAGAAACUCUGGAAGGUGUGGAAGCCUUCACGUAUCUGGACAGAAUUAUCAAUGAACUUGGAGGAUCUGAUGCAGAUAUAAAG